CAAGCUUCUUUCACCACUUCUCAAGCUCUCUUUGAGAGAUUCGAACAACCGUCGCCAGCACACUUCCUGCUCCAUACCAAGGACCACAGCUUGCGCGUUCCAUCUUGCUAGCAAACCCGCACCCACCUCCACCGCAACUACAAAGUGUGACUGCGACAGUCACCAUGGCCGACGCCCAAGUCUUCGAAGAGACCUUUAGCAUAACGUCUAUCAACAAUGAGAAGUACGACCGCGUGUCUCGCAUUUUCGGUACCUCGACCGACAACCAAAUCACCAUGACGCUCGACAUCAAUCACGAACUUUUUCCCGUGCAGUCGGGUGAGACGCUCAACAUGGUCCUAGCCACCACCUUGUCCCUAGACGGCACCUCAAAAGAGCAGAACGAGACCAUGUGGAGGAAUGUGGGCAAGCACGGUGUUACAACUCUUGCGGAUAUGUACGAUUACGUGUGCUAUGGCAAGAACUAUCGCAUGGAGGAUGGGGAUGGAGAUCAGAUGCAAUACUAUGCGAGUUUCGGCGGAUUGCUCCUGUAUAUGGAAGGUCCGUAUAGAAAACUGGGCGGGCUGAAAAUCGACAACAUCUACAUGCUUGUCAAGCACUCAUAG